AUGACAGCCAAAGCUUUGUUUCCAACGUUCUAUGAUGCGGAGACCAAGAUCUGGAGCGGAGUCAAAAGGCGUCCCUACUACGAUCCCGAUUGCUCUGUGGGUGAAGUCUUCUACUCUGCGCUUAGGAAUUACCCCAACCAAGUGAUUCAGAUCAACGAUGUCGACGGCACAAAGGUGACCAGUGGACAGAUACGCCAAUGGGGCAUACGCUUGGCCCUGUAUCUGACGCGGGAGAAGCUGACGCAGGACGAUGUCGUGGGCAUCAUUGGCCGUUCCAGCAAAUUUAUAGAUCCGCUAGUCUUGGGCUGCUUCCUGCAUGCGACGCCGUUCCAUGCAGUGAAUGCGACACGUGAUGCCAAGACCGUGAGCAACCUCUUUGCCGUGACUAAGCCAAAGAUCAUAUUUUGUGAUAGCGACGACUAUGAGCGUAUCAAGGAAAUCACCAAGGAGUAUUCGCCCAAAAUUGUCACACUUACCGGUCGUGUCCCCGAUGUGUCCUACAUUGAGGAUCUGCUGGUGCCCUCGCCCCAGGAAGCAUUCUUCCAACCUGCUUCUUUGAAGACGAAUGGCGAUCAAACGGCCCUCAUUCUGUGCUCAUCGGGCACCUCUGGCCUGCCCAAGGCUGUCGCCAUUUCCCAUUUCCACGUUACCAAGAUCGCACCAUUUUGCAAUAGUACCGAUACGAUCUUGACGCACGCGACUGUCGAUUGGGCGACGGGUUUCAUAGCUAUGGCCAUUAGCCUCCUUUACGGCGUACCCCGCAUAAUAUUUGAGGGCGCCUUCAGUGCUGAGAAAUUUAUUGACCUCAUCCAGAAGUACAAGGUCACGACGCUUGCCAUGGCGCCCUGGCAGGCCUAUGAACUAUUUACCCAUCCGCUGGCCACGGAGGAGACCUUAGCCACCAUUAAGAUGUCCUUCAUCACAGGCGGCUGGAUCGCGCUACAAGUGCUGCAGCAGGCGCAGAGCCUCAUGAAGAAAAGCAUCAUUGCCUUCUCCUACGGCAGCACCGAGACAGGUGCUGUGACGGUCAAUAUUGAUCACAGCCUUGAUAAUUCGGUGGGUCGAGUCUUUCCGGGCAUGCGCAUUAGGAUUGCCGACGAGGACGGCAACAAUCUGGGCUACAACGAGGUCGGCGAAGUGCUCAUCGACAUUGGCUCCAAUUGGGAGGGCUAUCUAUGCAAUCCCGAGGAAACUGCCACCACCAUGAAGGAUGGCUGGAUCAAUAUCGGCGAUCUGGGCUACUUUGACAACGACAACAAUCUGUAUAUAGUCGACCGCAAGAAGGAUCUGCUCAAGUACAAAUCCAAGCACUAUUGGCCCAACGAACUGGAACAGAUCAUCACCGAGCUGCCCGAUGUGCUGCACGCUUGUGUGGUCGGCGUUCAUGAUCCCAAAAAUGGCGACUCCGCCGGCGCGCUGGUUAUCAAAAAGGCCGGCUCUCCGCUCACGGAGCAGCAGAUCAUUGACCAUGUCGCCCAGCGCGUUGUCGUUGACUACAAGUUCCUCCAUUCCGGCGUACAGUUCGUGGAUGAUCUGCCCCAGAACCAGAAUGGAAAGAUCCUGCGAAGCCAGGCCAGAGACCAGUUCGAGUCACGCAUGAAGUAA